AUGUGUGAGACGGAGAAGCAUUCUGAAAUCAAAAGCGGCCAAUUUAUGAUUAGCAAGCUGGACGACUCUGAUAGUGAGAAUGGAGAGUCGGAAUCACAUGAAGAAUUGGAGUCUUCAUCUUCAGAUCGAAAUUCUGGCAUUCCAGCGUUUGAUACGCUUCAGUCUCUUUUUAAGAGUCUCUCGCUUGCCUAUGUGGAGACCGUUACCAGUCCCAGGUGGAGUCAUUUCAGAGGUGCUGGCUUUGCCUUGAAGCAGAAGGUUCGCUUGAAUAAUAUUAUUUGGCGUGAAUAUCAUAUGCAAUAUGUUAAGCAACGGCUUCCUGUUAUUGUGAAAUUUCAAGUGCCCUCUCCUCAGACCUCAGGUAUAAAGAUUCAGUCUCCGGUUAUGGACGGAAAGUUAUGGGAUCGGCAUUGUGCCAAACUUUCAAGUGAAUAUCGCCGCUGGCGUACAUAUUACAUUAGUCAUCUCCGCACGAAAACUCCUAAUACCAGCCGCUCCGACAAACGUCGCUUAGAUUUUGAACUACUGGUGGACUUCCCCUCGAAGAUUCAAUACGUCGACGACAAAGAUAUUUUCAAUGAUGUCUCAAAUUUUUCUGGUGUUGGUAGUCCUCGCUUUAUUGAUGAAUUAAUGAAGGACUUUGAUGGUAGUCUGGACCUCUUCCUUGAUCAGCCCUUCCCCGAUCCCCGUGACGUGUCCAUGCUCGGUAACUCGGAUAUCAUGCAGCCAGCCCUGACUCAGCUGCAACCAAACUCGGAGAACUACCGUAGUGAUCUCAUUGCGGGUCUCCUUCAGCAACCAGCCAUGCCUACCAUCAUGGAAGAUGAGUAUGGAAACGCUAGCAACUAUCAGCCUUCCACCUAUGCUUCUCAGAAUCAUUUCUCCUUCCGUCAGUCCAACUCGCCGCAGGUCACUUCAAAGCCUACUUUUCGCGCCUACUCUCCUCCCCAACCUACGGUGCUUCGGGAAUCCGAGUACUGCUAUGGUUCUGCUGUCCGCAAACGGUUUCCAGCAUUACAACAACCACCGCCACCGCCACCGCCACCGCCACCAACCACCUUUGCUCCAAAGGCUCUCCGAUUUGUGGAUCAUAGGGAAGAAGCUUGCACCACGGGUAAAUCGAGGAAUAACCUGACUCUACUGAACGCAUUGCUACAGAAACCGGGGCCAGGAGUGCGAGAGCGGCACCAUUCAACCUCCUCCCCCUCCUCUCCGGAAACGACAUCGGUGGUGGCGGGUGGGACGACAAACUCGGUGCAUUUUAAAAGGCAGGUCAGUAUGUCUCCUGCCAAUGCUCUCAUUGUUGAUCUUUCCAAGGAGCAAAUGGCCUCACCCUCCCCGGGAGUGUACUUGGAUAAGAGUUUGACUGGAUUUUCCGACGCUACCCAUGUAAGUUCGCAUUCCUCCUUCACUAAAAUAACCUUCGUCAAAUGGCCCCAUGGAAAUCCUGAAAUUGUCAUUCUUUUAUUCUCGUCUUUGGCGAUGCAGAUGGGGUUCGAUUAG